CUUAAGACAGACGGUUUUAUUUAUGUCUAGUUCACGUGUGAAUGUAAACAAAACAAACAUCUACAAUCUUGUAUCUAGCCAAACUAGACCUAAUACUAACUAUUACGUGUAGCCAACUUUCAUUUAAAUGGAUCCUUUUCAAAUGAUUAAAGACUUGGGCCCACCUAAUGACUCCAAGAAGUUCUUAGCAAGUCUUAAAAAGGUUUUAGAAGCAGUCACAUCCAGUCAUGUUACUGUCAAGGUGGCUGACAUACUUCCUUCGCUGGUAUCUGUUUAUCUGGACUGUCCUGCCAAAAUCCCAGCCAAACGCAUCUUGGCAAGUUUCUUUCAAAGUCUUGGUGGGAGUUGUAGAGAAGCCAUAGAGAAAAUGAUGGCCCAAUCAGUUUUAGCCAGGCUGUGUGUGGCUGGAGAUGUGGAGGUCAGACAGGUCAGGCACUGUGUUGACACUAUCACUGCUCUCUUGGAGAAUUUUACUAUUGGUGAAAAAUGCCUCAACUGUAUUGCUACUGAAGUGAUACAUUUUUUGGUAGAGGCUGAAGAUUUGUUUUUAUCACAAGUUCAUGAAGAUGUUCCUCCUGUACAUCUGAAUGAGGUCAUGCAUCAUUGUCAUGUGACUGUGCAAACUUUGAACCUUGUGAUACAGAAAACAGCUGCAGAAGCAACCAAUCAGAUUAUUUCAAGUGGUAAACUCAUGGGAACCAUGUUGGAUUUUGACAUGAAAAUAUUGCACAAUGAAAUUUUCCUGCUAGACUGCAGGUGCUGCUGUGCCAUGAAUGCCAUCAUCUUGCUACAGAUGGCAUUUCCUGGUCCUGCUUCAUUUCACCAGAUCCCAUACCUGUUGAUGCCAGGGAGUGUCUCAGAUCCUACUGAGCAGGAAGUUGGGUGGCUGACACAGGCUCACAUAGACUCUCUAGCUAUGGAGAGAUCCUCGACAUUGUCUUUUCUAGCUCUGGCCUAUGGCUACAUAGCCAUGGUCACCCCACAGGCUGUUGUGUAUGAAGCCAAAGAUGGCCAGCAGUUUUACAUUGAAACAUUUCUACCUCAUCUUCUGGACCACUGUAAAAAUGCAAGUAUUGAAGAACAAAAGCCAAGUUCUAGUCUGUCAUUAAAACUGAAUGGAGAAUCCAAGGGUCUUAAAAGUCUGUUGGAUUAUGUGUGGACACACUGGGAGGAUCAGUUAGAUAUCAUACGACAGAGUGCAAAAACUGUGUUUGAAAAUGUUUUAAAAGUUCAUUUGUUUGUUACAUCAUCAAGUGUCAGGUGUGACGGCUUCAUCCACUCCAUCUUGUCCCACCUGUUGGCUGUCAGCUGGACAUCAAAGGGGAAGUUUAGUGCACUCACCUGCUGUGUGCGUCUGAUUGGUGCGGGGGAAAUUUUGGCCAUCCAAUCAGGACUGUCUGGUGAGAUUUUAAAACAGUUGGAGGAGCAAGCUUUAUCUUGUUAUGCCAGUGAACUUUACUCCACUUUAUUUUCCACCCACCAAAAAGAGUUGGAAGCUGUAGAUGCUUCAGACAGCUACAAACACAAGUUGUUUCAGACUUGGAUUGAUCCUGUUGUUGAGGCUUUGUGUUCUUCUAGACAGAAACAAAAACAAAACAUUAUAGAAUAUUUGCUGCCUAAACUUUUAAAACAUGGCGACCACAUACUGAACUACAUGAUCUCAAGGCUCUCUGUACACAACACAGAUCAAGAUGAGACUUGCUAUGGUGCCAUCAUCAUGUGCCUGAGGAGGGCCAGAGCUCUUGGAUUGUUGAAGACCCAGGUGGACAAGGGCAGUCUCUGGUGUGGUCAGCUGCACCCUGAUGUUCUGAAGGCCGCACUCUGUAGCCUCGAUCAACAGGUCCGCCUGGAUGCCUUUGCCCUCCUGUGUGAGAACAACAGGACCACAGAGAGCAUCACUUCCUUUGAGUUCAACAUGCUCAAGUUUUUCAUCCCUAGCAACUUGAACAACCAGUCUCCUGCAUUUAGACAAGCUUUUCUGGCUUUACUCAAGAAGUUUUUCUCUAGAAUGAAAGAAUCUCUCACAACUUUAAGAAGACUGGAUAAGAAAGACAAAAAUGCCACAUCUGUUAAGGAAUCUAUUUUGGAAUAUGAGAAAUUCCUAACAUGGCUGACCAAUCAUCUAGUUGGCUGCUUGUACCCUGGGUCAGCCUUUGCCAGAAGAACCACAACUCUUGCAGUUCUCUCCCUUAUGGUUGCUCUCUUCAAGCAAGAAGAAGAUGGCUUAUCUGUCCCUAAAGUCUUAAACAGACAACAUGUCCAAGCUCUAGUGGAAUGUCUGGUUGAUACAUUUGAAGAGAACAAGAAGGAAGCCUUGAACAUCUUGUCAGCUUAUAUAAAACAAUGUGCUCCUGUCUGGGAUACUAGUGAAUUAAAGAAGAUAAUAAAGAUUUCCAUGUCUUUGGCAUGCAGUACUAAACCUCAAGACUGUGACACUGCUGUUUAUAAUUUUUUGUUGAUUCUUAAACAUGAAGAGUUCAAACCAGAAAGUUUGGAUUUUUCAGAGUUGUUACCUUUAAAAGUUCUGCGAAUGUCUGACGUGACCACUGUAAGCUGUGUGAAUAAGCCCCUUUUUUUACUUGAAAUUCUCCUCAAGCUGUUGGAUGAUGAGAUCCUGGUGGCCAAACAAAGUCUGAUCACAGCAGCAGCCACCAGACCAAUGUAUCCCACGUUACACUGCAUCAGAUACAUCCUGCAGGAAGUUGAUUUCAGUACAUUGGGACCAAAUGUAACUCCAGUUGCAAAGAGCUUCCUCUCCCAGCUGAUCAACUCUUGCUUAAAUGUAUCUAAAGUUGUGUCCCCUGUUGUCCAGAACUCCUCUCCAGAGGGCAAUGUACCAGAGGAUGCUUUGCUUUCAUUUGAUUUACCUGAGGAAAAUAUAAGGAUGAGCAGCACUGGAGAAGCAUGUGGUCAAGUGCCGGGUGAAACCCUGGUGUCCAGUAGGGAACUAGUGGAGUCAAUGCCAGAGUACCUGGUCGUCUGCUGCUGGAGGAGCAUCAAAGAGGUGUCCUUGACCCUAGGGAAGAUGUGCCUGCAGAUGCCCGCAGCUAUGAUUGCUGCAGAUGGACAGGGUUUAUUGAGCCUUGACCAGGUGAAGGUCGUGGGUGAGUACUUUACCCAGCAGCUCCUGGAGUCUAUCCACAGAGGGGCUUUUGAGUUGGCGUAUGCGGGGUUCCAGUUGAUGUGUCAGAUGUUGUGGAGCCACCCAGCCAGCGCCUUCCACAAGCUGCCAGCCCAGUGGUUAAGUCAUGUGAUGGAAGACAUCAAGUCAGGUGACCCAGAUUCACGCUUUUGUGCCACCCGUAGAAGUGCAGGCGUCCCAUUUUUUGUCCAGGCCAUUGUCUCCACAGAGCCGCUAGCAACAGGUAGAAAAUGUUUUCAUGAGGUGAUGAGGGAGUUGCUGGACCUGGCCAUCAGUCCAGCUCCUGGUGGACACACAGCUGUCAACGGUCAGAUUCAUUCUCUGAACAUCUUAAGAACGCUGUACAGAGAAACUCGUCUAGGGGAGGAUGUCUUGCCAUAUGUUGCGGAUGGUCUAAAAGCCGCCAUCCUUGGCUUCAAGUCUGAACUCUGGGCUGUGAGAAAUUGUGCCACCCUGCUGCUGAGUGCACUAAUGACCAGAAUCUUUGGUGUCAAAAGAAGCAAAGAUGAAACAGCCAUGUCCAAGAAAAACUGCCAAACCGGUCGUUCCUUUUUUCAUCGUUAUCCAAGUCUGUACCCGUUUCUUCUGUCUGAGUUAGAAGAGGCCACAGCAUCUAUUGGGUCCAGAGACAGAAUUCACCUCCACCCCAGCUUGUAUCCUGUGCUGUUGGUGCUGGGCCGACUUUUCCCUUCAACAUUAGAAGGUUCUGACACAAACCUCAGCCUCGGCGCUUUCAUUCCAUUUGUAAUCAGGUGUGCAUCCAGUCCUGUAUAUAAGACAAGAGUUAUUGCCUCCAGAGCUCUACAGCCAUUGGCUAGAAAGAAUCAGGUGACCAGUAUAAGCCUUGAACUGCUAGCCAAUCUUCCUGAAUCACCAAGCCUUUGUGCUGUAUCUAACAGUUUGAUUCAUGGCUCACUGCUGCAGCUUCACCAGUUGGUCAAGUUAGUGAAAGGACUUGGCUCAAGUCUGCAAGAAGAUUUCCUACACACAGUCACCCCCAAACUUGCUCAGUGCAGCUGGCUCUUGUCAAGUGAGAAUGUAUGUUUUGCUACUCAACAAGCUGCACUCGUUCUUGUUGAUGCUGUACUGGACAUUGAGGCCACAUACAACAGAAAAUCACAAAAUCAACUGAGGUUACACUUUCUGUCAGCACUUUUACAAGCCAGAGUUAUUUCCCCUGAACACCAGUGGCGUCCCUUGUUUUAUGAGGCUGAGAAGACCAGGGCCAGACUGUGCUUGAAAUAUUUACCCCAGAUAGCAGACACACAAGCUGGACAUCUAAACAGUGACCAGCAGCCAGUGUCCAGUGCUGGUCAGUCCACAGUCAGGCCUGUUGUUGAUGUCUUUCUCCACGGCCUUCAGUCUCCUGUGUAUGAGGUCAGGCUGGAGGUGCUCAACUCUCUGAUCCAACUACACAACACUGGGGGGAGGGCUGAGGCUCACAACACUGGGGGGAGGGCUGAGGCUUACAACACUGGGGGGAGGGCUGAGGCUCACAACAUUGGGGGGAGGGCUGAGCCUCACAACACUGGGGGUUGGGCUGAGGCUCAUCUCACAGAGGCUUCUGGUGAGGAUGGUGUGUCUACAGGGGAUGAGGUAGAGCCCUUGAUUGAGGGAGCUACAGGCUGUAGAACUGAGGACAUUGUGGCUCAGCUGUUUGAUCAUCUGCUUGACAUGGGGCUGGAGCUUGAGAAUCACCAUGAGUGCCAAGAGAAGGUGUUCUAUGUCUUGUCAUCCACCCCCAAGUGUGUACAGAUUUUAUCCCAGAAAGUUCCAGCAGAUCUCUACCAGAUGCUGCAAAGGUUACUGGACUGUAUGUCAAAAGAAAGAAGGCCUGAAGUCAGAGCCGCCAUGUUGAGGUUCACAGGUCAGCUGAUAUCUGCCGUCUUUCAGAAAAUGAGUGCCACAGAUGUCAGGUCACAUGGGCUGGAACUGGUCAGAGAAUGGGCCAGCAUGGUCAAGUCUUUCAGUGUGUUGGAUGACUACCCUGACCUGCAGAUGAGCUGUUGCUAUGUGCUGCUGUGGAAUACCAACACAAUCAUGCUGGACCCUAACAACACACUGGGUGACAUUUCUCUGACUUGUUGGGACAGCCUGGCCAGUCUUCUACAGGAGGAUGACCUUGAUGUCAAGGACAUGGCAGCUUCAGUGCUCUGUGCUCUACAGGGCUCUGGAAAACCCUUCCACCCCAGCUAUGCACUGUGCCAACUGCCUGAUGUUCUACUCUCUGUGUAUAAGACCAAGAAUCUCCCUGCUGCUGUCCAAUGUUUGCUCACAUGGAUUCUAGAUGAUUCUAGUGUGGAUGUAACAGAAUCAAAUGAAAGGCUGUUUGAUAAAGGGGAAGUAAACACAUAUCAAGACAAAAUUUCCUUCACAAGAAUAGUUUGCCAAAGUAUAGUCAAGCUGAUUGGUGCACACAUCAAGGGGAGUCACUACAGACUCCUUCAUUUAACAGAGGAGACCAAUGAGAAUCAUUUGACACAAAAUGGACCAUCACUCACUUUAGCAGACUGUAUGAAAGAAGACCAGUUUAGAGAGUAUAUUAAUGAGAGAGUUUUGUCUUUGUCAAACGGACUAGAGAGGCUGUCUGAAGUCUGUGCAGAGAAUGAUCUGUAUGUCAACUGCAGCAGGUAUAUGUUGCUGUGUCACAGUGUCUUUCAGGCUCACGUUUUACUAGUGGUGUGUAACCUACUAACUGAUCCAGGUCAUUCAGGCCAGUUGGUCCCGGUGAUUGAUUGUACUCGCUUAGAAAAAGUUGUUAACGAAGUGAUUCUAGCAUUCAAUUUAAAUAAUGUCAUCUCCAGUUGAUGUUCCUUAAUUUUUUAAAAUUGUUUUUAAGUCUUUCUUUAAAAAGAUAUUUUAUGUAAAACAGUUUUUGUUUUGAAUGUUCCGGUGUGAAACAAAGAUUGAAAGAACCAAUAAAAACUGCUGACAUGUUUUAAAUGUAUAAUUGUUUCAAUCUCCUAAUUUUAUUGUAUUGGAAAUUUUUAAGCUAUACAGUUUUAAAAUGCAAAAAU